UAAUUAUGCAAACGACCAUCCUUUGUCAUUCUCACGAGAAAAAGAAAUAAAUUGUCCCAAUAUAUUGACAUUGGUUUCGUGUGAAAUUACGUUUUAUUACUCGAUAAUUUAGAUAUUUUGUUGCUUCUAACUAGGGUGUGUUUUGGUACCUGGGUACCAAUGAACGUCUUGUUUCACACGGACUCUUUUGUAUGGGACCAAAACGGCAACAUGGAAGUGAAAAAUGCUCACACUGCUAUGCUCAGUAACUAUGAGGUGUUCCAGCUGCUGACUGACCUGAAGGAGCAGAAGAAGGACAGCGGCAAGAGCAAACACAGCGCCGGCCAGCAGAAUCUCAAUACCAUCAUGUAUGAAACGCUGAAGUACUUGUCCAAGACGCCGUGCAGCCGCCAGCGUCCCGAGAUGGUCAAAGCGUUUCUGUCCACCAUGAUGCGUCACAAACUCACAAAGGCCGAGAAGCUGCAGCUCCUCAACCACCGACCGCGGACCGCAGUGGAGAUGCAGCUAGACCUGUUUGCCAUAGGUGACCCUGCCAGGGGCUUGAACCCCCAGACAACUUCGCUCCUAGGAUUACUGGGACACACAAACCCCUCCACCACGAUAAGAUGGUGGAGGAGAGCGAGGAGCGUCUGUCAGAGGAGCAGAUCGAGGAGCUGAUCCAGACCAUCGCAGAACUUCUGCCCGGCGAAGACGCGGCAACGGCCGAUGCGGAGACGGCUUGAGCGGCGUCGCGCUCGCCGUCUCGAAACGUGCCUCCUUCGUGUCGUCUUCAACAAGCUCCCGAGCCCGAUUAGAGAAGUCGCGACCAAUGCGACGGCAUCCGUCGCUACAUCAGAUCGUAUUGAAGUCAUCUGUAAAAUGUCUUUUAGUUUUGUCCCGAGCUUUCCAGAUGCUCUUUGAAUGCAGCACAAAAAGCAGUUAAUAGAAUGUCACAUCAUGAAGCGCUGUGCGAUAUAUGGACGAUGACAACCAGGGGAAGGAAGUUAAGCUUAAAAAGGUUUUGCGCUUCCUGUUGGUUUGUGGCAUCGCUUUUCCUGUUUUCACACGGCAACACUGUGAGGCGUCGUAAAGGUUGUAGGUUUCAUUCCCGGCACUGCAGCUCGUUCCGCCUCUUCGGCUGGAGAUCCUUUAUUUGUCGCCGUCUCCGUUUUCUGCAGCGCUUGCCCUCGUUAUAGUCACUUGGGAGACGGAGCCGAUCGCUUUCGGGAGAGACACCUGUGGACAAUUUAGAGCAGGGGCCCCGUGGGGCGUUCCUCUGUCUUCCUCCGAGGGCCGCAUACAGAAAAAUUGAAAGAUGUGCGGGCUACUUUGACAUUCUUUGACUCUAAUAAACACGCGGAAACCAAUCCAUCAAGCAAUUGUA